CGUCUCCUGCCUCUCCAGACCACUUGUCCACCAGCAACUUCUCUUGCCCGGCCCUUAGAGCACCAAGCACACCGCACGAGAUCAAGCAGUCAUGUCACUCCAGGACGAGCUGCGAGAUGCAGGCGGCCGGCCUCAGAGCCCCCCGUCGCCUGCUGGCUCAGACAACGACAAGGACACCGACACCUUUGAGGAUGCCGUCGACACAAGCUCAGUCAGGUCACUGACUGGUCGCACCCGCACCCCGUCAAAGACAUCACGCCAGGAACAGGCUUCCAGGCCCACGAGCACCCAAGAAAGGGCCGACACACCAGACUCCUUGGACAAGCCAGAGGCCGCAUCCGGACCAAAGGACGAGGACAGAGACGACGAGGACGAGGACGAGGAUGAGGACGACAAGUCCUUUGAAGGUGUAGAUAUUGACGGUCGUUCGGACAAUGGAACCGUCACGGACACUAAGCGGUCGUCCAAGCGACUGUCGGCGACCACCAUGGACAACGUCGAUCUCGAAGACACGGCCACGACAACAACACAGGCACCGACAGAUAGUCGGACACCCAGCCAAGUCUCAGUUCCGGAAGUAGAGGCCGCGCAGCCUGCGAAACAGCCCAGGAAGAAGCUAUCGUUGAGCAACAUCGCAAGCUCUCUGCCGGCGAUGCCUUGGUCGCCUCCGGCUAACGACACAGCUUCCAAAGCAGGGAUUGCCGGCACGGCAGGUCUGCCAACCGCCCCGGGUGGCACGCAGCCUGCUGCACCCACUCGAAAGUUCACAAGCCCGUUCUCCUGGAUGUCCAGGAACUCAAGCUCGAAGGAUGCGGCUGUCUCUCCGCCCACCGCCGCGUUGUCUUCUCCCAGGAGGAACACUGCUAGCUCCAUCACAACUCUCACAAGCAACCCGGAAAUGAUGCUGAGUAAGUUGGAAGAAGAAGACAAUGGCGAUGGUGGCAGCAAUGCACCUCGUCAGCGCAAUAGCCUCAGGGACCGGUUCAAGAUGGUACGCAUGCGCGAGGAGGCUGGUAUCUCUAUGGCGGUUGGCGACGAGGAUCCGUCUGGCGGUCUCGCACCGAAUCGGGGCUCGACAGGCACGCUUGAUGUUGGCGGACCUCCGACAGAGGGCGGCUUGGACGUUAGCCUCGGGCCGAAGUCACCGAUCCCUCCCAGCCCGAAUCCUUCACUUGCCCCGGGCACUGUCUCCGGCAUUACUGCGGGGCCGUCUUCUCUUGCCGAUGCCCAGGUUGAUUGGGACUUGUGGCAAUCAGUUGUCUAUGAAGGCCCUGCUGCCGUGGCUAGGACGAGUCCUGAGGAGCUCAACCGUGCAAUUGCAACAGGAAUCCCAACGGUAAUCCGUGGAGUCGUAUGGCAAGUGUUGGCUCAGAGCAAGAACGAAGAGCUGGAAGUCGUAUACAAGGAGCUCUCAACAAGAGGCGCCGAAAAGAAGGACCGGAAUAGUAACGGCACGUCUAUUAGCGGCUCCAGCAACGGUACUCUCAACGUCGAGAAAGACACAGUGGCGUCUUCUGCUUCUUCAGUUCAUUCUGAGGUGUCGGGCGCUAGUGGCGCCAAAUCGCCUGCUCCCUCAGCGGAAUCAGCGGAGGCUGUCGCCAAGCUCCAGGCCGCUACCAAGAAGAAGCAACAGGAGGAUGCCGCUGCCCUGUCGAAGCUGGAGAAGGUCAUCAAACGCGAUAUGGGCACCCGAACGAGCUACUCAAAGCAUGCUGUAGCCGCAGGACUCCAGGAGGGUCUUUUCGGCGUAUGCAAGGCGUAUGCUCUUUUCGACGAGGCCGUCGGCUACGCGCAGGGUAUGAACUUUCUGAUAAUGCCGCUGCUUUUUAACAUGCCCGAGGAAGAAGCAUUCUGUAUCCUCGUCAAGCUCAUGAAUCAGUACAAGCUUCGUGACCUCUUUGUCGAGGACAUGCCUGGCCUGCACAUGCACCUCUACCAGUUUGAGCGCCUUCUCGAGGAUUUCGAGCCUGCGCUGUACUGCCACCUCCGGCGGCGUGGUAUCACUCCUCAUCUCUAUGCCACGCAGUGGUUCUUGACGCUCUUUGCGUACCGCUUCCCUUUGCAGCUUGUGCUGCGGAUCUACGAUCUCAUAUUCUCGGAAGGUCUUUCCGCGAUCCUCAAAUUUGGGCUGGUCCUCAUGCAGAAGAACGCUACGAACCUGCUCAGCAUGUCUGACAUGUCUCAGCUGACGACAUUCCUCAAGGACAAGAUCUUUGACGUGUACAUCGACCACGCGCCUAGUGCUGGCAGCAUCCUCGAGAACGGAUUCUUCGGCAGCAGCUCCUCCAGCAUUGAUAAGGAGGUGUACCGGGCGGACGAGCUCGUCCUAGAUGCGUGUGAGGUCAAGAUCACUCCUGAACUUCUCAAGGCUUACACAGUCGAAUGGGAGGAGAAGACUCGGAUCGAGAAGGACAAAGAGCAGGAGCUCGAGCAGUUGAGAAGCACGAACUUGAGCCAAGCGAUCCGAAUGCGCAAGCUGGAGGAGCGACUCGAGGCAAGCGACCGUGAAGCUGCGGACAUGGCCACUGAUCUUGUGCAGACAAAAGUACGCAAUGAGGAACUCUCCGACAUCAACGAGAGCCUCACAGGACAAGUCAAGGAGCUGCGAAAUGUCAUCGAGAAACAGCCAGAGGAGCUCGAGCAAGCGUGGCAAGCUGAGCGGGCAGACCUCAUGAAGCGUAAUCAAGCUGUCCACGAGGAGAACUUGAAGCUCGAGAAAGAAAUGGCUGAGCUUGAGGAGAGGCUCGUGGAAACCAAGAUGCAAUAUGCCGAGAUCAACGCUUCGCACGAAACGCUGCAGAAGAAGUGGCAAGAGCUUCGGCGCCAGUUCGCUUGAUCUGGUUCCGCUUUUUGCCCGUCUUAGGACACUUACACCGACUCCGGGCGAGGCGGUUGCCAUUCUUGUAUAAACUAAUGCUGUGACGCAGCCACGACAAACUUGAUCAUUGCAUCUUUAAGCGGGUCCUGGACAGGUAUAGACAGGUGGUUGCACCGCAGUUGACUAAAUUGUUUGGAGCUGGAGUUAAGAUCAUAUGGCCUGCUUGUAUGC